AUGUCUCUCACUGAUAUCCUCUCUGCUGAAGCCAUUGAAAAUGGCAUUAAGGACUGCGCAGCCCCAGAGUCCUUCAGUACCAAGAGAUUUUUCCAGCUCAUUGGCCUGACCAAGAAAAGCCCAGAAGAAAUUAGGGAAGUGUUUCGCCUCUUAGAUGACAACAACAGCGGGUUUAUUGAGGAGCAGGAGCUCAAGUUCUUCUUGCAGCGGUUUGGUCCAGGGGCACGAAUUCUGACAGAGAAUGAAACCAAGAACUUCAUGUCAGGUUCAGAUGGUAACAGCGAUGGCAAAAUUGGAGUAGAUGAAUUCCUAAGCAUGGUCCUGUCUUAA